CUAUAUCCCCACCGGCCCACCCAGUCUCCGCUGUUUCCAUAAAGGGUUUAUUCCCACUAUCUGUAUAGCCCCCAACCAUUAACCGGAGCGUCGGCAACUCUAAUCCUUACCCUGACUGCUUUUGUGAGCUCACAGCAGCCAAUGGGAAUAGCGCGCCUCUCCAGCGUUCAGUGGCUGUGAUAUCUACAGGAGGGGGAAGAGCAGUCAUGGAGUCCCCUGUGAGUGGGAGGAAGUGAGUGUUUCCUGUGGUUCGGGAUCUGUCUGGUGGCGAGUGGACCAAUUCUGCUCUUUGUGCCGGACAUUUUCUAGCAAGCAUUAAAAACCUUGACGGUGAGGAGCGGGAGGGAGCCCCUGCCGCAGGGCACAGAAGUGAAACUGUUAGAUGGUUCUGUUGCUGUUCUAAUAGCCGGUUACCGCUGUGAACCCAGAGGCUUUCCAGUUCUAAAUCAUAUACCUGAUACCAGGACAUGGCUCCAUUGUGCUUGCUGCUCCUCCUUUCUUUGACAGAGGCCAUUGACCUGCGCGUUCCUGAGUUACCUGUCACAGGGCUGCUGGAUAAAGAUGUAAUUUUACCCUGCUGGUUCACUCCAUCAGAGGGCUUUUCCCCCAAGAAUCUUAGUGUGUUUUGGAAGUUACCAAACCAGCAGCAGGAUUAUGGCUUUGUCCUGGGAGAGGAUCUACAAGAAAACCAACCCCCGCAAUAUAAGGACCGCAUUGGACUCUUCCAUGAAGAGCUGUCCAAGGGCAACAUGUCUCUGCUUCUCCAACGAGUCCAACUGAUUGAUGAAGGCAUUUAUAUCUGCUUCGUUAAUGUCCAGAACUCAAGCUAUGCUUCUGUGAGUCUACAGGUUGGGGCUUCUUUCACCAAGCCUACUUUGCACUUGGAACCUAGUGAAGCACUGAAACCUGGUGAUCAAGUGACAGUGACUUGUCAUACCUAUGAUGGAUACCCAGAGGCCGAUAUACUCUGGCAAAACGGGGAAGGAAAAAACAUGACAGAGAAUGUCACAACUUCACAGGUGGCUAAUGAGAAAGGUCUAUUCCAUGUCCAGAGUUCUCUAAGUGUCAUUCUGGAGACAAGCGACACUUACACCUGCCUUGUGUUUAAUCCUGUCUUGCAAGAGGAGACUCAUGCAUCCCUUACUGUCACUGGUCAGCACCUUUCCUUCCCCCCAGUAGUCCUUUGGGUGACAGUGGGGCUGUCUAUUUGUCUACUAUGUUUGCUUGUUGCUCUAGCUUGCGUAUGCAGAAAACACCUGAAACAAACGUGCGAGGAAGAACAAGAAGAUGCAGGGAAUGAAGAACAUGAGGAAAAUGGAGAACUCAAAACAGCUAUGCAGCCUUUGAAAGUCUCUUCGGCCGGAGAGGGGACCUGAAACAGAUUCUGGAGCAGCAUAAUUCAAAGCACUUUAUUGGAAAGGGCUAAAUGGUACAGGCAACCACCUCCUAUCAAAAAUAAUGCCAAGAACCGUGUGGAAGGUGGCAGCCCUCUUUAUUUUCUGAAGACCUUUACGAUUUAUUGUUAGAAAAUCUAUUAAUGUUUGAUUGCUUAGGAUGCAGAAUGGUGCAUAUUUCUCUAUAAUAACUUAAAGGUGCUCAGCAUCCCACUUCCAUUCUGACUGUGGAUCAUCGGAUGAAAAUGAGCCUCUUUGAUGUUGCCAAAUGUCUGAAAGAUGAGGAAUGCUUGAAGCAGAUCUUUGUAGGAUGCACUGACCUGUUUGGAAGACAAGGGAGUCAGGGAAUGUCUGUGCUACCUAUCCAUAUGAAAGAGUGAGACUAUAAAGAUUUUAUUAUUUCCUUCUAAAAAUCUGCUGGUCGGAUAAAAUGGGAAAAUACAAAAAUAUACGUGUGCCUUUGCAAUCCAUUAUCUGCCCUGUCAAGACCAAUGGUGUAAAAUACAAUUAACAUUGGUAGAAUUUUUUUAAUGUUUUAUUUAUUUUGCUGCAGACUCUAUUUACACUGGUAAAGCCAACAGCGAGCUGCCACCUCGCCCUUUACAUAUAGCAUUGUUACAUAGGUCGCUGCUACCUUCUGACAAAUGCAAGUAAUUAAAAGCGCUGCAGAUAAUGUUUUGCUGUUUUUUCAUUAUGUUAAAAUAUCGCAUGAAUACUUGAAUAUACUAGCAGAUAUAAUUGCAA